GAGAGCAGAGCAAAACACACCCAGAAGAGGCAGCAGGAGGAGAGACACGACACCAGUUAACUAGAUGUCAUUUUGUGAAUUUCUUUCCCUUCUCCGUGAUCCCACGCCACUAAACUUGCCGUGUAUUUGCCUGAGACAGCACCAGCUCCGGUAGACGUUCCCGGUGAUCCUUGCUGGAAGAGCUUUAUCCCGAGAGCUUUAAAAUGAGUGCUACAGUCAGCAGUUUGGUGGCAACGUUGUUUCUGCUUCUGGCUUUGAGGGUGGAACAGAUUGCCGAGGCGUGUAGCUGUGCUCCGAUCCAUCCGCAGCAAGCUUUCUGUAAUGCAGACGUAGUGAUUAGGGCGAAAGUGGUUGCAAAUAAAGAAGUGAAUUCUGGGAAUGACAUCUAUGGAAAUCCCAUCCAGAAGAUCCAGUAUGAGAUCAAACAGAUAAAGAUGUUCAAAGGACCAGAACACAAUAUUGAAUAUAUUUUCACAGCCACUUCAUCAGCAGUAUGUGGAGUCAUGCUUGAAACAAGCGGAAAAAAAGAAUACCUAAUUACAGGCAAACUGGGCAAAGAUGGAAAGAUGUUAAUCACACUCUGUGAUUUUAUUAUGCAAUGGGACAUGCUAACUCCAACACAGAAGAAAAGCUUGAACCAGAGAUACCAAAUGGGGUGUGAUUGCAAGAUUGUAAGAUGUCCAUCCAUUCCUUGCUACAUCACCUCUCGAAGUGAGUGUCUGUGGACAGACUGGGUGACCGAGAAAAGCAUUUACGGACGUCAGGCCAAGCACUAUGCUUGCGUUAAGAGGAGUGAUGACUCCUGUGCAUGGUACAGAGGUGUAACUCAACCCAAGAAAGAGUUUCUGGAUGUAGAGGAUCCAUAAAUUUAUUACCGCAAACUCACCAUUCAACAGAAAAUUCACGUAAAACAGUGUUGUCUAUAAUCUGAAAAAUGUAACCCAAAUUUCUUCUGUUCAAUAUAGCAGGUCUGUUUGCUUACUGUCUGGUGAUACCUGUAUGUAACAUGGCAUAUACUUAUAUCUUGCAUUUUAGUAUCAGCUGUACAGUGUGCAUUUCUCGGGCUAGAAAUUGAAAUGCACUUUUGUUUGUUUUAGAAAGCUGCAGCAUUGAAAGUAUUUGGUAUAGUCUAUGUUAAAAGUGAGGAUUGACUCCUCAAUUAUUUGUAAGUAUUUUUAACCCUUGAAGGCCUAGAGUAGUGCAUUUGCAUUCAUGUCCAAAAAUAACACUUUUUUCCCAUUUUAUUUAGGAAGUGCUGUUGUUUUGUGAAUUGCAGACUCUAUUCUUGAUCUAAUUUAAUAAGUCUGCCAUGAUAACUUAACAUAAUAUUGCAGUUUUAGACUUUGCAUGAUAGAAAUAUAUGUUGCAAGCUGAAAGGUAAUCAAUGCUGAAAGAGUUUGACUAUUUAUUCCUUUUGCAAUGUAAUAACUCUUCUUUCUUCCAUUAUGGUCGCCACAAUAAUAUACAAUAGUAAAAUAUUAACCCACUAUGAGCCAUGAUAUUGAUUAUCAUUAAGGCCAUAAUUAUAAUGUGUAUUGUGAUUAGCUUUAACUCUUUUUCUUAAAUUUUUGUGUUCAUCAGAGCUGUUUGUACUGGGAAUGGAACUUUUACAAUUAACACUUAUUCCCUGCACAGAGUGCUGAAAACAUGCUGCCAGAUACAGAUUAAAGCUUUCUCUUUUUUGUCCCAGCACCAUUCCCCAGCCCACAAAAACAACUUGCAUUUAUAUAGCGUAUGUAACAUAGUAAGACAUCCCAAGGCGCUUCAUAGGAACAUUAUUAAAUAAAAUAAAAUUGUGAACCCCACGAGGAGAUUUUAGGAUAGGUGACCAAAAAUUUGGUUUCAAGGGGUGCGUUGAAGAAAGAAAAGAGAGAGCUAGCAAGGCAGAGAGGUUUAAAGAGAGCAUCCCAGAGCAAUGCUUGCUGCAUCAGUGUAACUUUGUUUUGUUUUAUUUCCCUCUUCGAGUAAGAUUUCCAAUUCGAACAGCUUUGCUCUAUAGACCCAGGACUGCUAAGGACAGCUUUAUAACUGCACAAACUAGCAUCCUCACAGUCAACAAACAAAGAAGACUUUCAUCCCAUCAACCCCGGUUACCUUUGACCUCAGGUCCCAGAGGCAAAAACCAGUGUCUAAUCCACUACUCUUCUUUCUAGUUAUUACAGAAAUAUGUUCCCCACAGAAAUUAGUUGUCAAAAAUUACCAUCCUGCAAAUUGGCUUUGUCUGGUCUAUAAUUAAUAGAAAUCCUUCCCUUGGAAUUGCUAACAGACAGGCAGUUUAUAGUUUCUUAACAAUAUUCAAAAAGUAGAAUAUUAUUCAAUCAAAAUCAAAUGUGUAAUCUGCAAAGAGAGCAUACAUAUUCUUCAAAGUUCAGAUAUUGUUCAACUAGUUAUUUAAAAUAGUAGGAGUAUACAAUAGGUUAAAUAAAGUGAAACUAUUUCUGCUGGUGGGGUAAUCCAGAAGAAUAGGGAAAUUAUUGGGUUGGACCUUCCAAUGCCAACAGCAGUGGAUAUGUUUAGACUAUUGUUGCUGUGGUGCAUCAGGACCUGGCAGAAGUCCUGACCAUGCACAUACACAGUAAUUGUGCUGCCCAGCCCCCUCCAAGAAUGUAGACUUGGAUCUGUUGCACAUUAACUACCCGGGGAUUGCCCCACUGUUAAUUUCUGGCGUAGGUCGGUGACUAAAGGCGGAACCCACCCCACUUCCACAUACCCCCAACUUGACUACUCAUCCCACUAAAAACUUACCUGAGACACAGCACUCGCCUUCGCUAUUGCUCUCUGUGCCGAGGGACCGCUGCUCCAGCUGGGACAGGAAGACCUGGCUGCAAGGAUGCAGAAAGCUGGACCCAUAAUUAUCCACGCAGACAGCGGCAAUUGCCCCAACAUCGCUGCUGACUGGAAGACCUGGUUCAUUAUUACCAUGAGGAAAAUCAAAAAGCACUUCUUCAAAGAAGGUGGUAGAAAUCUGAAACUCUUCCCCACUGGCUGAAUUGCUUAUUCCUAUUCUUUUGAGCUCUCUCCCCCACCCCCCCCCCUUUCUGAAUGAUCCUAAUGUGAUGAAUUCCUUGGUGCACUAAGUUAAUUUCUGAAUGAUAAUCAUUGUUAAGUAGUUAUCUAAAUAUAUUCUUUGACUUUAUCUACAAAAUCCAUGUUAUUUUUUGCAAAGCCCAGUAUUCUCUAAAAUGAUUGUAGUGUUAAUGACAUUUCAGCAAAUGCUAAACCACUAAAUGUAUUUUGAUGGAACUACCAAUAAUGAAAAUUAAAUAAAUUCUUAUUAGUGUGAA